ACUUUUUUUAAAACGUAGAAGAAGAAGAAGGAGUAACUGCGAUGAAAACAAAACGAUGCUCAAAAAUUUAGCUGUCAUUUAUUUUUUUUAAAUCAGCUUUUCCUUUUUAAACAUAUUCCGCUUAAUUUAGUCUAGCUUGCAUGACGUUUUUACCAGCCGAGCUUGAAUGCCCGACAGAGACGAGCUGUUUCCUCUGAGCACAUUUGGUCAUAAAUUGCCUUUCUAGCAUCUAGCUGCCAGCUAGCUUAGCCUCUGCUCGCUUUCUGUUGUUGCGAUUUAGCCGAGACCGGUGACCCAUAACGGCGAGAAAUGUCGGAAGAUUAUGAAUUCAGCGAAGACCCGAGCAUGAUGAGGAUGGAGGAGGACGGGGAGGCCAACUGCGACGACCCCAUGUCCGCCUCUGGGGACUGUGGCCUGAUGGGAGGAGAGGCCGACGGAUCGAAGAUCGACGCCAGUAAAAACGAGGAGGAUGAAGGGAAGAUGUUUGUUGGAGGCCUGAGCUGGGACACGACCAAGAAGGACCUGAAGGAUUACUUCUCAAAGUACGGGGAGGUCGUCGACUGCACGCUAAAGCUGGACCCCAUGACGGGGCGCUCGCGGGGCUUCGGCUUCGUGCUCUUUAAAGACCCAGAAAGCGUUGAAAAGGUGGCCUUACAGAAGGAGCAUAAACUCAACGGGAAAGUGAUUGAUCCCAAAAAGGCCAAGGCCAUGAAGAGCAAGGAGCCCGUAAAGAAGAUCUUUGUCGGGGGGCUGUCCCCUGACACUCCCGAGGAGAAAGUCAGAGAGUAUUUCGCUGCCUUCGGAGAGGUGGAGUCUAUUGAGCUUCCCAUGGAGACCAAAACAAACAAAAGAAGGGGCUUCUGCUUUAUCACUUUCAAAGAGGAGGAGCCGGUGAAGAUGAUCAUGGAGAAAAAGUACCAUAAUAUCGGGCUCAGCAAGUGUGAAGUGAAGGUGGCCGUGUCCAAGGAGCAGUACCAGCAGCAGCAGUACUGGGGAGGCCGGGGAGGAUACUCGUCCAGGUCUCGAGGAAGAGGUGGUGGUCCCAACCAAAACUGGAACCAGGGUUACAGUAACUACUGGAAUCAGGGAUAUGGGAAUUAUGGAAAUUAUGGUUAUGGUAAUCAAGGAUAUGGUGGAUAUGGAGGCUAUGAUUACCCUGGCUACAACAAUUAUUAUGGAUAUACCGACUACAACAAUCAGUCCGGUGGAUAUGGCAAGUCACCACGGCGUGGUGGUCACACCAACAGUUACAAACCGUAUUAACGUGGCAAACCCUCCUCUCCAAGUAGCGGAGCUUCCUUGCAGGCCAUGAGCUGACUCCCAGAUACUCUCAGGGCCCGCUCAAUGCGGACCGGGUAUGAGAAGCAUACGCUCUCGAAUGCUGCCUUUUGGUAUGGUCUUACAACAUCCUGUAUCCGCAUUUCUAAUCUAAACAAUAAGGGACACGUCCAGCUUUGUCUUCUUUCUUUCCACUUUUUCUUUUUUUCUUUUGUUAUUUCUCUGCAACUGUUAUGUAAUGUAAAAAGUUAAAAUCUACACAUGUAAUUGUCGUUUUUUUACAGGCCCUUACUCCCCCACAAGUAAUGAUUUAUACAUAUGCAUAAAUAACGAUUUGCUUUCCAAAGGAUACAUACAGCAUUCUCUGGAUUUUCCAGUUCCUAAUGUUAAUAUAUGUAUUUAAAAUGCUUGUCUCUUUAUUUAGCUAGUAGUCCAUGAGCUUAAACCUGGUUCGUUUUGGACUCUACCGUGUUGGGGGAUAAAGUGCUUUUAAUUUGUGUAAAUGUAUUGUUCUUGUUUUGUUUUACUGACAGCGAUGGAAAGAGACUCCACUUUUGUUAAUUUCCCUGUAACACAUUUUCUUCUCAUAUCCACUGAUUUUUAAAAACGAAACGAAAGAAAAACCAAACAGAAACCCGCACACAGCCAAUCAAAAAAUGUCACUACAACUCCAGAAAUUUGCAUGUAAUGCUCUCUAUAAUGUGUAUUUUUGACCAAUCUGAAAGUUUUUUUUCCAUUUAGUAUUUUUGGUUUUGACUCCUUCUUCAGGAUCCCUAGUUUAAUUUCUAUACAUUUUUAUUUUAUUUUAAAGUUGUUAACUGUUAAAAUAAUUUUCCUCAGCUUGUUAUUCUUACUGCUUUUAUCAAUAUAGGGUAUUAAAGACAGGGGAUUCCUAUCUUUUCUUGAGUAACUCUGCAGACGGUCGUUCAUCCACAGCUGACUUGUCUCUGUUUGUUUCCCACAGGCCUCAGAGCGCUAAAAGGCUGCGGUGCGCUGGCGAAAGCGUUGGCCACAGAGAUGAUCCAGCAAAGACAUGGCUAGUUUAUGACAGUAAAUGAAGAGCGCUUUGACCUACGCCACAUUUCUCCUGUAUUUACCCAAGUAUUUCAGUGCUUUUUUUUUUUUUUUUUUGCAUUUGUUUAGAUCGCUUCAGAGUUUUUAGCAUUUGCACAUCCUCAUCCGUUCUUGGUUUGUGUUCAGAGUUGUCUGGAAAGGCUGCUUGUGAUACGCUACAUGUAUUCCUUACAGAAAUGUGUUUUUCAGGUUGGAAAGGAUUUUAUAUAUAUAUAUAUAUAUAUAUAUAUAUA